AGAUUGUCUGCCUGGGCCUUGUAUGAAGAGUGAACAUAGGUUUUGGCCCUCUCUAGUCUCUGUGUUCAGCGUGUGACCUGGGAGAAGCACUGGGAUGGGAAGCAGGCCUCUCAUAAACUACUCCUGUCCCCAGUCUGUUAUCCUUGAUGAAUGGUACCAGUACUUGUUGGGGGCCUUUAUAGAGAGUGGUUCUAGAACUCCUGAACCCUGACUCUCUGAAGCCUGUGUCACACAUUAGUAGGACUGACUGUUCUAGCUGAAUGCCUGACUCCUCCUUCCUGGGCCUGAGAAGUCCUCUGUGUUUUCACUGAGUCACAACUGUGUUGGCUUACAAGUUAAAAAUAGACCCUAGUCAUCUGUUCAGUGACAAGCCUAUGCUGACCUUACCAGUCACUAGAAUGCUUGUAAAUAUUUGGAGUUGUUUAUGGCUAGAGCCAUUUCCUUUCCACGGCUUCCUUGCCCCAUCUCCUGAAGCAGAAGGGAGCCAUGGCAUUAAAUGAGUCAGAGCUAACAUAUGUUAGACAGACUCAGGGUGUCGUGCUAUUGGGAACCACUGAAGUUCAAGAUAGUUUCUAGGAGCCAGUAGAAGUGGUGCCACCAUGGAGUCUGAUCACUGCUGACUGGCAGCCACACAGCACUGAAGUGAAAGCCUAUCGUGGACCUACACAUCCAAGAAAAGGGGACACUAUGGCUUCUAGCAACACUGAGACCCAGCUCCAGAGGAUCAUCCGUGAUCUACAAGAUGCAGUGACAGAACUAAGCAAUGAAUUUAAGGAAGGCGGAGAACCCAUCACAGAUGACAGCACCAGCUUGCACAAGUUUUCUUAUAAACUUGAGUAUCUUCUGCAAUUUGAUCAGAAGGAGAAAACUAGCCUCCUAGGUAGCAAGAAGGACUACUGGGAUUACUUCUGUGCCUGCCUAGCCAAGGUGAAGGGAGCAAAUGAUGGGAUCCGAUUUGUUAGGUCCAUCUCUGAGCUCCGAACAUCUCUGGGAAAAGGCAGAGCUUUCAUUCGCUACUCUUUGGUGCACCAGAGGUUGGCAGACACUUUGCAGCAGUGCUUCAUGAACACUAAAGUGACCAGUGACUGGUAUUAUGCAAGAAGCCCCUUUCUGAAGCCAAAGCUGAGCUCUGACAUUGUGGGCCAACUAUAUGAGCUGACUGAGGUUCAGUUUGAUCUAGCAUCAAGGGGCUACGACCUGGAUGCCGCCUGGCCGACAUUUGCCAGGAGGACACUGGGCACUGGCUCUUCUGCUUAUAUGUGGAAACCCCCCAGCCGAAGCUCCAGCAUGAGCAGUUUAGUGAGCAACUACUUGCAGACUCAGGAGAUGGCCUCCGGGUUUGACAUAAACAAUCCUCUCAACAAUGAAGGACUUGAAGGUUUUGAUGAGAUGCGGCUAGAGCUGGACCAGUUGGAGGUUCGGGAGAAACAGCUACAAGAACAUGUACAGCAGCUAGACAGGGAGAACCAAGCACUUCGAGUGAUGAUCAGCAGACAAGGGGAGCAGCUUGAGGUCGAGAAGGAGAGGGGCUACCCUAUGGUGGAGGGUACCAUUGGCCUCAUGGGCCUGGUGGCAGAGCUUCAGAAGCAGGGGGAGGUCAUCCAGGCUACAGUGAAGAAACUACAGACAUGUCUGCAGGCCUUGGAGCUGAAUGUAGACAAGAAAGAGAGCAACUACUCAGCCCUGCAGCUUGAGACCCUAGCACAGGAGCUUGAGGCUGUAAGAGACUCCCUGGGUAGGAAGAACCAACUUCUAGCCAGCCUUUCAGAUUGCCUGGCCAGGGCUGAGAAGGACAGGAAGUUUCAUCAAGAGCCUGUUCCUGCUGACAUGGCCCUGGAGUUCCAGGAAUUAAAGGGAAAGCUUGAAGCCUUGGAAGGAGAGAACACCAAGGCCCAGGAACUAAACAUGCAGCAGAGUAUCAAGCUAGAGCAGCUGGCUAAGGAGCUGCAGCUGAAGGAGGAGGCCCGGGCUGGUCUAGAGCACUCAGUGAAGGCUGUGGCCCCGCUUGAGGAGGAGCUGUCUGCAAAGAAGCAAGAGUCAGCUCAACUCCGGCGACAGCUGCAGGAAUCUCUGGCCCAUUUGAGCUCUGUGGAGGAGGAGCUGGCAGAAGCCAGGCAGCAGGCAAAGCAGCAUCGAGAAGAAAGGCAGCUACGGGAGCAGGAAGCCAAGUCUCUGACAUGGCAGCUGCAGCUCCUAGAGACCCAGUUAGCACAGGUGAGUCAGCUUGUGAGCGACCUGGAGGAGCAGAAGAAGCAGCUCGUGCAGGACAGAGACCGUCUCAGCCAGAAAGUGGGCACACUGGAGCAGCUAGCCGAGGUGCGUGGGGUCCCCCUGAGCUCUGUCCCACCACAGACUGAGGAGAUGCUAGAAGAGGAGGUGCAAUACCGUCACAAAGAGCAUGUAAGCAAUACCACAGUGCCAGGGGGAGACCAGGAGAAAUUGGGGAAGGUCAACCAGGAGCUUCAGAAGGAGCUGCAGAACAUGGCUGUGCGCAACCAGCUCCUAGAAGGCAAACUUCAAGCCCUGCAAACUGAUUACAAGGCACUGCAGCAGCGAGAGGCAGCCAUCCAGGGCUCCUUAGCCUCCCUGGAAGCUGAGCAGGCCAGCAUCCGGCACCUGGGAGACCAGAUGGAAGCAAGCCUCUUGGCUGUGAAGAGAGUCAAAGAGACAAUGAAGGCCCAGGUGGCAGAGAAGGAGGCCGCCCUGCAAAGUAAGGAGGGUGAGUGCCAGCGGCUGCAGGAAGAGGCAGAUCAGUGCCGGCUCCGGACAGAGGCCCAGGACCAGGAGCUCAGGGCCCUUGAGAACCAGUGCCAGCAGCAGAUUCAGCUGAUUGAGGCCCUCUCUGCAGAGAAAGGCCACCAGGGACUCAGCCUACCCCAAGUCAACACAGCCCAACUGGCCCUGUCUCAGGCACAGCUAGAAGUUCACCGGGGGGAGGCCCAGCGGUUACAGAAUGAGGUGGUGGACCUCCAGGCCAAGCUCCAGGUGGCCCUGGGUGAUCGAGACAAGUUACAGAGCCAGCUGGGUGUGACUGAGGCAGUCCUGAGGGAGCAUAAGACUCUGGUGCAACAACUGAAAGAGCAGAACGAAGCCCUUAACAGGGCCCAUGUUCAGGAGCUGCUGCAGUGCUCAGAGCGUGAAGGCAUACUGCAGGAAGAGAGCAUCUACAAGACCCAGGAGCAGGAGCAAGAGCUGCAAGCCCUGCAUGCAGAGCUGUCACAGGUGAGGUGCAGCUCUGAGGGAGCCCACCUGGAACAUGCGGAGCUACAGGACCAGCUGCACCGAGCCAACACAGACACAGCUGAGCUUGGCAUACAAGUCUGUGCCCUGACAGCCGAAAAGGACAGGAUGGAGGGGGCCCUGGCCACCUUGGCCCAUGAGCUCCAGGACACUAAAGAGGCAGCACUACAAGAACGAAAGGGCUUGGAGCUCCAAGUGAGGGGACUACAGCAAGAGAAGGAGAGCUUGCAGGAAAAGCUAAAGGCAGCUGAGGAGGCAGCUAGUUCAUUCUCUGGUCUACAGGCACAGCUGGUCCAGGCUGAGCAGCUGACCCAGAGCCUCCAAGAGGCUGCACACCAGGAACGAGAUGCCCUCAAGUUCCAGCUAAGUGCUGAGAUCAUGGGCCACCAGAACAGACUGAAGGCAGCCAAUGAAGAGUGUGGGAGCCUCAGGGCCCAGCUAGAAGAGCAAAGCCGGCAACUGGAGAUGACUAAGGAGGCUGUGCGUGAACUGAAGGUCACCAAGGCAGCCAUGGAGGAGAAACUGAACUCUACCAGCAGCCACCUUGCAGAGUGCCAGGCCACUUUGCAGCACAAAGACGAAGAAAGUGCUACUCUUCGAAUAAGCCUAGAAAGAACUCAGAAGGAACUUGAAAAGGCCACAUCAAAAAUCCAAGAAUAUUACAAUAAACUCUGCCAGGAGGUGACAAACAGGGAAAGGAAUGACCAGAAGAUGCUUGCAGACCUAGACGACCUGAACAGAACCAAGAGAUACCUUGAGGAACGGCUGAUAGAGCUGCUCCGGGACAAAGAUGCUCUCUGGCAAAAGUCCGAUGCACUGGAAUUCCAGCAAAAGCUCAGUGCUGAAGAAAAAGGUCUUGGGGACAUGGAAGCCAACCACUGCCAUGACUGCAAGAGGGAGUUCAGCUGGAUAGUGCGGCGGCACCACUGCAGGAUAUGUGGCCGCAUCUUCUGUUACUACUGCUGUAACAACUAUGCCGUGACUAAGCCCAGUGGCAAAAAGGAACGCUGUUGCCGAGCCUGCUUCCAGAAAUUCGGCGAAGGCCCUGGAUCCCCUGAUAGCAGUGGCUCUGGCACUAGCCAGGGAGAGCCCAGCCCCAUGGUUUCACCAGCUGAAGCAGGCUCUCAGGCCCAAGGAGUAAACUCAGUCUGCAGACCACCAGAUGAUGCUGUGUUUGACAUCAUCACUGAUGAAGAAUUGUGCCAGAUCCAAGAAUCUGGCUCCUCCUUGCCUGAAACACCCACUGAAACAGAUUCAAUGGACCCAAAUAUGGCUGAACAGGACACCACAUCAAACUCACUAACCCCUGAAGACACUGAAGACAUGCCAAUGGGGCAGGAUGCCGAAAUCUGCUUGCUGAAGUCAGGAGAGCUGAUGAUCAAAUUACCCCUCACAGUGGAUGAGAUCACCAGCUUUGGGGAGGGUAACAGGGAGCUGUUUGUGAGGUCCAGUACAUACAGCUUGAUCCCCAUCACUGUAGCAGAGCCUGGCCUCACUAUCAGCUGGGUCUUCUCUUCUGACCCCAAGAGCAUCUCCUUCAGUGUGGUCUUCCAGGAGACAGAAGACACACCUCUCGACCAGUGCAAGGUCCUCAUUCCCACCACCCGAUGCAAUUCCCACAAGGAGAGUAUCCGGGGCCAGCUGAAGGUCCGAACCCCUGGCAUCUACUUGCUUAUCUUUGACAACACCUUUUCUAGAUUUAUCUCCAAAAAAGUAUUUUACCACCUGACUGUUGACCGGCCUGUGAUCUACGAUGGAAGCGAUUUCCCAUAGCAUCAGUACCUGAACUUUGAUAACUCUUCAUCAUCCAAGGAAACACUACUACUCCUCACCCAUCUCAUUAAACACAUAUACCCACACUCAGGACCAGAUAUGAGACUCAGCUAUCUUCUCCAAUGUUUAUACUCUAGGGACACCAUCAGCCUCACCUGAGGUCACAGUUGGUAAAAGUCUGCUAUGCUAUUACUCAAGCCAGGACUCACUCCUUGGGUAGUUCCAGGAGAAGACCAUAGGGCAUCAUGGGAGAGAUACCCUAUCCUUUAGUUUAUCCAUAAUAGGAUUUGGUCCUCCCACUCAGCAAUUUUGGGGAGACCUGAGCUGUGCUGUCUUUCUGAGCCUUUGUUGAGAGCCUUUGCUCAGCCUGGCCACUCAGCAGCUCUAAAUACACACAUGCACACUCACAAACCAACCAGAGGUCUAGGAAAGAACAGCCACUUCCUGUAGGCUUCAACUCUGCAUAUGGAUAACAGGAGUAAAACUACAGGCCAAGUUCCCUACAGUAAACUCAGGUUGGCCUCAGAGCUCAUGUGUCAGCCCAUAUCUACCUUUGUUUAUAAACACCAGAGUUUCUGCCUCACCUGUAGACAGUGUAUUAGUGAGUAGAGCCACUUAAGAACCUCUUUCAAUACCUGGAAACUUUCUAAAAAGCCUUUGGUAACAUGAGAAGCAGCAUAACAGAAGAACAGGGCAUAACUUCCUUUUGGCCUCCAUCCGCCAGUCACUCCCUCUCCAUUUGCCUACAUCCUGCUCAUCAGUUCACAUCUGAUACUGCAGGCAGCUUACUGUUCUAGGACAAAUAGUUUAGAUAGCUUCCUGUUGGUGACUGUUUUUAAUGUGAAGCCAGCAUGUGCAGUGGAGUCUUUGAAGACUGACGUGGCUCCUUGUAGGUCUGUAUGUGGCCUAAGAUUGCUGAAGACCAAAUCAUCUUUCCUUUGAACCUUCUACCCUCUUGCAAAUGGAAUAGUGAAGCCAGCUUGUUCACUAGGCCGACAACAUCCAACACCAACUAGAGUCUCAUUUUUAUGACUUGGCUUUUCCAGGGUAUGUAAGAGACACUGGCCAAACUCAUGGCCUUCUGCUGGUGUCGCUGCCACCAUAUGCAUCAAGAGGCACCAUUCACUGAGUUGCUGGGAGAGGCCUGAGUUCUUCCAUCUGAGUUCAUCCUGAACCUCUCUCAUUUACCAGGAGGCCCACAUGGCUCUCAUAAAGCCAACUUAGAACUGAGGUGAGAGGCUUCAGUGCUGACUGCCUAGUGCUCUGGUAGGCUCUCACCAACUCUUUGUCUUUGAUGUUUAUUUAUUUUUGUGCUGAGUGGACCUUGUGCUGUAUUAUAUAUCAGUUCACUGGUCAUGCUCCAGUUCAUGCUCCUGAACACUAGUUACUAGAGAGCAUUUAGCCCUGUGUAAGUGUGCCUUUCACAUAGAGCUUUAUUAUUUUAAGUAGUUCCCAAUUUUAAUGAGGUUUAGUCGUUGGAGUAUCUUUUUCAAAACUUCAAAUGACAAUUGAGGAAUCACUGAGGAAGAUGGUGGCCCAGUUGGACUUAACUACACUAAAAAUCAUAAGGAAACAUCCUUGAGAUCCUGGGUCAUUCUUUUUCUAAGGGCCACUCUUCCCCUAAUGACUCAGUUCCCUCAUAACAGCCAUGUUAAUAGUGUUGUCAGCUGCCUGAUUACCUGUGCCACUGAAGCCACUACCAGACUUCACCCAAGAAAUAAACCAGCCUCCAAGACACAGGGAAGCAUGUCUGAGACAGAGUGGCCCUCCUUGUCCUAUGGACUUGGAGAGCAUUGCUGAGAUAAGCACCCUGGAUUCCAGCUAACCCUGAACCAAGAAGGCAAAGGGAUUCUCAAGCAAGCCAAAAUCUAGAACUGAAAAUUUCCAUAUGGUUUGGGAAGUAGAAAUGAAGAGCCAUAUAUUAAUAAAGAAGAUGUUUCUGACCAGCUUCAGUUGUCCCCCGGGUAUCAAGCCACUCCUGGCUCCAAAAGAAAUCUUGCAGAUAUGGUUUGAUGUUCGUGGGUUUUUGUUUUUAAACUCAGACUUAGUUCUACCUGUGAGAAUUCUUUACACUGAGAAAACACUCUUGACUCAGAGGUUUUGGAAAAGGAGGCAGACAGGAGACAUCUUUGGUGCUCAGAACCAGGGAAUGCAAUACAAAGACCAUCGAGUGCUGCUCAUGUUUAUGAAAGCAAACACUACUUGAUAGAAUCUUAGCACAAUUUCCUCAUCUACUUAAUUUCUUCCAACAAAAUAGGAAAGCUAAUUCAAAAUUUCCUUUUCCCUCUCAAGCACUUUUUAAAUUUCAAGAGACCUCUCUAAUCAGGGGGUGUUUUUCGAGCCUUUUGGUGUGUGUUUAAUCUAGAUGUCCUGCUUUUGGUGACUGCUGUGACACUGGGCCUCUGUGGGGAGGAGUGCACUUUAAUUCUUUAAUCCUCACCUUGCGUGGCCUUAUGAGAUAAUGGGUCAGGAAACCCAUUUCAUUCUUAUCUGCCAAAGCGUUACUCAGAAGCACAUCAAACACCAGCGCUUCAUCUGCACAGAAGGAUGGGAGUUUGGUGUCACCGAAUAUGCACGCUCCUUUAACAGUGUCUGCUAUGCCAUUUGGAAAUGUGUUUUAACCUCAGGUUUUAAAUAAAGCAAACACUAUGGCA